GUAAGCUGGUUCCUGUGUCUUCACUGAUAAGGAAAAUGGGAGGUUUUAAGAGAGAGGUGGCUGUCGUAUUUAGCACAGAGCUAUUAGAGAAAUUCGUUUUUAGAGUUAACAAACUCUGUUGGUAGGAAGUUGAGGAAGAAAGAGCGCAUCGGACUGAUGGGAAUACCAUCAACCACCUAGAGGGGAGCCUCCCCAUCGUGUGUCACAGAUCUGCCUUGAAUCGUCUUGAGAAUCGGUUACCAACACUUGCUCUAGAUUGAGAAACUGAGAAUGAGACUUUGGGUCUUGGUAAUUCCAGCAAUUCUCAUACCUUCCACAUCAGCGACAUUUAGCAAAUCAUCCUGGGGCCUGGAAAAUGAGGCUUUAAUUGUGAGAUGUCCCAGACAAGAAAAAUCUCGGUACCCUGUGGUCUGGUAUUACUCAAAAACCAACAAACAUAUUCCCACCCAGAGAAGAAGUCGUGUAGUUGCCUCAGGGGAACGUCUUAAGUUUCUCCCAGCCAAAGUCAAUGAUUCCGGAUUUUAUACUUGCAUUAUCAGAAGUCCUACCUCCAAUAAGACUGGAUAUGUGAAUGUCACCAUUUAUAAAAAACAACCAGGUUGUGAUAUUCCAGACUUUCUGAUAUAUUCAACAACAUCUGGAUCAGAAAGAAAUUCCAAAAUAUAUUGUCCUACAAUUGACCUCUACAAUUGGACAGCGCCUGUGGAGUGGUUUAAGGUAAAAGGAAACGUGCAGGAAAUAGAUGAAAAUCACACCAUCAGAAUAGGUGGAAGUCAAGAAUUACUGAAAGUGGACUGGAACUUUUCAUUUCAGAAUUGUGAAGUUCUUCAAGGACCCAGGUACCGAGCACACAAGUCACUUUUGCUGAUUGACCGUGCAAACAGCAAGGACACUGGCGAUUAUACAUGUAAAUUUAUGCAUAAUGAAAAUGGAGUCAAUUAUACUGUGACUGCAACCAGGUCAUUCACAGUUAUUGAUAAGCAAAGCUUUUCUUUGCUUCCAGUAAUUAUAGCCCCUCCACAGAAUGAAACAAAGGAAGUGGAAAUUGGAAAACCAGCAAACCUAAGGUGCUCUGCUUGCUUUGGGAAAGGCUCUCAGACCAUGGCUGACAUCCUGUGGCAGGUUAACGGAAGCAACGUUGAGAACUUCGGUGAAGCAAGAAUGCAAGUGUUGCAAGAGCAAACUCAAAGUUCUCGCAGCGAGCUGAAUUGCCUAAACGCCGUGUUAAGAAUAGCGGAUGUAAAGGAAGAGGAUUUCUCACUGAAGUACGACUGUCUGGCCAUGAAUUUCCGUGGCCUGAUCACGCACACCGUAAGACUAAGGAGGAAAAAUCCAAUGGAUCAACAAAGCAUCUACUACGUGCUUGCAGGAUUUAGCAUAUUAUUCUUGCUAAUCAAUGUCUCGGUGGUAAUUCUAAAAGCAUUCUGGAUUGAGAUUAUUCUGCUCUGGAGAGACAUAGCUAGACCUCACAAAACUAGGAACGAUGGGAAGAUCUAUGAUGCUUACGUGAUCUAUCCACGGAACUGUAAAAACAGUCCAGAGGGGGCCAGCUCUGUGGAGUACUUUGUUCACCAGAUUCUGCCUGACGUCCUUGAAAAUAAAUGUGGCUACGACUUAUACAUUUAUGGGAGAGAUCUGCUCCCUGGAGAAGGUAAAACUGUCAACAACCAUCAGGGACAGAAAUUCACAUUCAUCAGAAGGAUAAGUAAUAGGUGGUCUUAUCCCUGCCAUCAUCAGGAGCUGCAAUUAUUAUUCCAGGUCAUAAGACUAGAGCUUUUCAAUAUUUCUCCAGGAGAAGGAGAUGUAGCUACCACAGUGGAAACCAGCAUUCAGAAGAGCAGGCGGCACAUCUUCAUCCUGACCCCUGAGGUCACACACAGCAAGGAGUGUGCCUACGAGUGGGAGAUCGCCUUGCACAACACCCUCAUCCGGAACGACUCCAAGGCCAUCCUGAUUGAAAUGGAGGCUCUGUGCCCGCCCAGCGGACUGCAGUUUGGGGAGCUUCAGGACUCCCUCAAGCAUCUCGUCAAAGUGCAGGGGACCAUCAAGUGGAGGGAGGACCUCGUGGCCAACAAACAGUCUCUGAAUUCCAAGUUCUGGAAGCACAUAAGGUACCACAUGCCGGUGCCAAGCCAACUUCCAAGAAAGACUCCCCGCUCGGCAUCCUCGAGCGCCCAGGGGCAGCAGUGCUUGCUUUGACGGCUAAUGCACUGCGUUUGGGGUAUCCAAAUCCCUCCCUGGGGGAUCCAAAUCCCUUCCAGCUGGGUCAUGCCGCUGUACCAGACCCUGGGGGAGGAGGCUCCAGAAAUGGGAGUAUCGAGGGUAUUCAGACUUCAGGUUUCAUGCACUGACUUUACUUCCAUUUCCCUGGUUCUGGCUGGAUGCAAAAUACCCCGAGAUUUUCAUCCUCAGGCUCGCUGUCUCCACCUCACAUCCCCUCCCUCGUCUCCCGUGGUUGGUCCUUCUCCAUCGUGGCCCAGCAUCUUCUCACUACUCUUCCCCUCUCUCUCUCUUUCUCUCUCUCUUUAUUCUUUGUUGAUAUUCUACAUUUUGAACAUCAAACUGAAAGUUUUAGAGUUAAAUUUUAACGUGAUCUUGAACACUCAGAUCCCCUCAAGCAGAACGCUGGUACUGAAUCUUGUUCCCAAUGCCAGAAUGUGUUCGAUUUUAUUUGAUCAGACGCUUAAGUUGUAUCAUAUCAAUACUGUCCGUUUGGUUGGAGUACCUUACCCAAUUAUCAUUAUAUUUAAGUUUUUUUAAUUCUAAAAUUUCUUUCAUAUAUUUUUAUUCUCUUUAGAAAUAUCUUUUCUUCCUGUACAAGUUAUAAAAGAACAGAAAGUGUGAAAGAAAAAAUAACAGAAAUUGUUCAUAAAUCCAUCAUCCUAAGAUUAUGACUUUUAAACAUUUUGGUAAAUUUGCAUUUUAAGAAAUUUUAAUUUAUACUUAAAUAUACCAUUUAUAUAGCUGAGAUUAUACAGCAUGUAGUUUUUACAUUUUUAUCUACUUAAAAUCAUAAUAAAAGCAUUUGACAAGUCAUUCAAAUUUUAACGUUUUAAAAUAUUCAUAGUGUUCCAGCUCCUGGUUGUGCUACAGGUGACAUGCCUAAUUACUUAUUGUUGGAUAUUUAGGUUGUGUCCAAUUUAAAUAGUCAUCGUUAUAAGUAAUUCUGCAGUGGCCAUAUCAUUAUACUUUAUAUCUUCCAAUUAAAACAAUUUUUUUUAAUUUGAGAAACUUUUUUAAAUUUAAUUUUUUUUAAUUUGAGAAACAAAUUAAAUUUGUUGUAACAUUUCCAUGAAAUAAGUAGGGCAUUUUGGCAGAAGUGUUUUAGUAAAACUGAAGUCAAUUUGCACAGUCAGGGCCACUCCCAUCAGUUCCUUGGAGUUCGCACACCAUCAGAGCCCACCAGAGCUAAGGCUGAGGGACCCUCAGACUGGGAGUCCUGUCAGAGCUCAGAUUUUGCAAGUGGAUGGAGGUCCUAUCCUCACCUGAGCUGCUCCUGGGCCUCAGUUUCUGCAACUGAAAAGUGGGAGGAUGGAGAAGAAGAGCUGUGAGGGCUUUCUCAGCUCCGAUAGCCCAGGGUUCCAAGCCCUACACUCACAGAGAGGUUGGGGAACUGCCAGAAGACCUGGCUUCUCAUACCAGCAGUGCCACUAACCUCUCUUAGUUUCUUCUUCUUCUUUCUUUUUAAACAAUUGUUGACCUAUUUUAUUUUUUUAUUUUUAAAUCUUUUUAAAAUUUUUAUUUUAUAUUGGAGAACAGUUGAUUAACAACGUUGUGUUAGUUUCAGGUGUACAGCAAAGCGAUUUAGUUAUAUAUAUAUACAUGUAUCUAUUCUUUUUCAAAUUCUUUUCCCAUUUAGGUUAUUACAGAAUAUUUAGCAGAGUUCCCUGUGCUAUACUGUAGGUCCCUGUUGGUUGUCUAUUUUAAAUAUAGUGCUAUGUAUAUGUCAAUCCCAAACUCCCAAUUUAUCCCCUGCAAACAAAUAAGUUUGUUUUCUAAGUCUGUGCUUCAUCUGUACAGUGAGAGUAAUAGAUGCUUCACCUUCCACACAAGAUCCUGUGAAUAAAAUGAAUUCAGUCAAA